GCAAUUAGUCCACUUCGGAGUAGAGUUUCAUCGUAUACGUAAUGAACACAAGCAUAUUUAAGUACGGUCGAACUUGGAGCAUUGGAAGGGAGAGUGCCAUGUUGGAUGUCAGACACUGUGUGCUUGUAUGUGUGAUGCUCACACGUGCUUUCGGCACAAACACGUGCAUGGAGGAGAGGGUCAAGGAUACGAAGCUACUGGGCCACAUGUUCCUGGUACUGGAAGCACCGCGUGAAGAGACGUGUUUCCAAGUAUGUCUGAGAAGCAGCAGAUGUUUGUCCGUCAAUUGGGAGGCGGCCGUACGACGUUGUGAGCUGAACUCGGUGUCAGGACAACAUAACGACAGGGUGAACGUCUCCGGCGCUGUGUACAUGCAGGUCAACAUGCCGUCGUGUCAGGUGUUGGGGCACGUGUGUGGACAUCGUUCAUGUGACCCGACAGAGUUCUGCGUGACGGUGCGAGGGGGUGCUGGCUACUUGUGUGUCACCACUGACACGUAUCAGGGAUGCUACGGGCAGGCAAACAAAGACCGUCUCCUACCAACCGACGACGACAUCAGUAGCAACUCAAUGACCAUCCCCAUGUGCUCCGCCCACUGCCAGACUCUCAACAAACCCUACAUCGCCCUCCACAAAGGCAAGGACUGUUCGUGUGGCACUACGCUGGACACCGGAGGACACAGCUUGCUGGCGGACUCAUCGUGUAGCAAGGCGUGUUUCGGCGACAGCAGCACGUUCUGCGGCGCCACCUGGAAAGUCUCGGUGUACAAGAAUGAGUAAUUAAAGAACAGCAUCCGUGGAAAUCCGUUAUAGGAUAUGAAUGUUAUAGACACUCAUCAACUCUACCCCAGGGCCUAGAUUUUCGAAACUGUCUUGGCGCUAAGAUAAUC